CUCCAAGACCCCAAUGUAAUCAAAACCACUCGCUCCCUUUUCCAGUUUCCCCUCUCUCUCUUUUCCCUUUGAUUUCCGGUCAAUGUGGGAGUCAAACUCGGAGCCGCCGUUCACCGCGGGCCGGGCCCGGCCCUGGCGACCCGAGGAUCUUCUCAACGGUCACGUCUCGGCGUCGUACGGCGGCGUUGCGGUGGACUCGAGCGUCAAUGCGAUUAAGCCGGAGGGAGUCGGCGAGCACGUGAGGGAGUUCGCGGCGGCGGCGGCGGAGAUGGCGGUGGAGUUCGGGAAGGGGUGUAGGGAUAUUGCGAGGCAGAGCUUGGGGAAUCGGGACUCGGUGGUUGUGCGAAGCUUCCAGAAGGUGAAGGAGACGUAUUUCGGGAAGAGAGUGACGAGGAAGCUGAGGUUUAUGAAUGAGUAUUUGCCGGAGGAUAAGGAGCCGGUUCAUGCUUGGUCGGUGAUUCUGUUCGUCGCCGUUUUGGCUUUUGCAGCACUGAUUGUGAAUAUGGAAACUACUCCUACCACUCCAAAUGUAGUGAAGAAGGUGUACAUACAUCCUCCUAGUGCUGCCCGCGUGAUGCUUCCAGAUGGUAGAUACAUUGCAUAUAAGGAGCAGGGAGUUCCGGCUGACAAUGCUAGAUUCUCAAUUAUUUCUCCACAUUCUUUCCUUUCCUCCAGGCUUGCAGGAAUACCGGGACUUAAGGCUUCACUAUUGGAAGAGUUUGGUGUUCGCUUAUUGACAUAUGAUCUUCCUGGAUUUGGAGAGAGUGAUCCUCAUCCUGAUAGGAACCUUGAAACUUCAGCAAUGGAUAUGUUGCUCUUAGCUGAUGCUGUUGGUGUUAAUCACAAGUUUUGGGUUGUUGGAUACUCUAGUGGAAGCAUGCAUGCCUGGGCAGCACUCAGAUACAUUCCUGAUAGACUUGCAGGUGCUGCCAUGAUGGCUCCAAUGGUUAAUCCAUACGAUUCAAUCAUGAACAGGGAAGAGAGACGUAGAACCUGGAAACAGUGGACAAGAAAGAGGCAACUCUUUUACUUUCUAGCCAGGAGGUUUCCCAGAUUUCUGGCUUACUUCUACCACCGGAGUUUCUUAUCUGGAAAGCAUGGACAAAUUGAGAAAUGGCUGUCGUUGUCACUUGGAAAGAGGGACAAGGCUUUAAUAGAGGAUCCAAUCUAUGAAGAAUUCUGGCAAAGGGAUGUUGAAGAGUCCAUUAGGCAGGGAAGUGCAAAACCGUUUGUGGAAGAAGCUGUUCUGCAAGUGUCGAAUUGGGGUUUCAGCCUUGCGGACCUCAAAUUGCAGAAGAAGCAACAAGGGAAAGGAAUGCUCAAUUGGCUCAAGUCUGUGCUCAGUGCAGCUCAGGAGGAAUAUAUCGGCUUCCUUGGACCAAUACACAUCUGGCAGGGGAUGGAUGAUAAGGUGGCACCACCUUCAAUGACUGAUUUUGUGCACAGGAUUUUACCAGGAGCUGCUGUACAUAAGCUCCCCUACGAGGGCCAUUUCACCUAUAUCUACUUUUGUGAAGAAUGCCAUAGACAGAUAUUCACUACACUUUUUGGAACACCACAAGGGCCAAUCAACGUGACCACAGAAGUUGACCCAAGUCCUCUCCAAGUUGAUACCGAAGAACAGGAGGAGAUGACACUCGAUAAUUCGGUUCUGGCACAAGCUGAAACAUGAUUGUCUAGUUCUAUAGUGCAGAGAAGAACGGUGUAUAGACCAUAGGUGCUCUAUCACACAUAGUGGGUUAACAAAAAGGGGAAAAUGAAGAAGAAGAAUAGUAUGAAGGAACAACUUCAACGUAGUGGCUCUCUGGUUUUAAACUUGACUUUUUUAUGAUGUUCUAGUUGGGAUAUAUAGCAUGUUUUGGCCAGUAAAGAAUGUAUAGAAAGAUAUUACAAAAUUUCUGUUUUUUUUGUUGGCCAGCAGCAGUAUAGUUUAUACUAGAUUUUAGAAACCCACGGGCGUGAAAAUUAGUAAUUAUUCUGAUUUCUGAAGUCAUGUUAGGAAAGCUUUAAGACGUUGUGGGGGUCAAAGAUUUACUGUUGAUGCCUUCUAUCAAUCUAUCGUAUACUUUCAUUUCAUGUAUUGUUAUUUGCUUUGAUAAAAGAAGGUUUCACCAUACAUGAAA